AUGCCGAGCAAAACCAUCAUUGUCACCGGCGCCUCAAGAGGCAUCGGACUGGCCAUUGCAAAGUACCUUCUUACAGCACCACAAUCGCACAAUGUCGUCGUGAUUGCUCGCAGCGUCGAACCUCUCCAGAAACUCAAGGAACAGUACAACAAGCAGGUCGAGGUGCUCAACGGCGACCUGGCAGAUUUCUCUCUCGGCCAGAAGGCAGUCGACCUGGCUAUAAAGUCCUUUGGCCGUCUUGAUGGAUUGGUACUCAACCAUGGAAUCCUCGGACAAGUCGGCAAAAUCGACAAGGCAGACCCCGAACAGUGGAAGCUCGGAUUUGACAUCAAAGCUGGUCUACCGGCGCUUCGCGAGGCCAAGGGAAAGAUUAUUUUCACCUCCUCUGGAGCUGCGGUGUCCGCCUAUCGAGGCUGGGCUCUUUAUGGCGCAACCAAAGCUGCCAUGAAUCAUCUCGCUCUUUCUUUGGGCGAAGAAGAACCCGACGUUACCACCAUCUCGAUCCGGCCUGGAAUGGUUGACACUGAGAUGCAGCGCGAGUUGAGAGAAGACCAUGCUGCGAAUCUUGAGCCACAAAUGCAUUCCAAAUUUACAACUGCCCACAAGGAUGGAAAGCUACUCAAGCCCGAGCAACCCGGCCAUGUGAUGGCUAAGCUGGUCCUUGACGCUCCAGCUUCACUUAGCGGAAAAUUCCUCUCAUGGAAUGACGAAGCUCUGAAAGACUUCCAAGCAUAA